AUGGUUGAAGCAAUGAAGAAAGUUGCAGCUCUUCAUGUGGAGCUCACAAUUGAAGAGAGGAAUCUUUUAUCUGUUGGUUACAAGAAUGUGAUUGGUGCUAGGAGAGCGUCCUGGAGGAUCCUUUCUUCGAUUGAGCAGAAAGAAGAAUCGAGAGGAAACGAACAGAAUGCAAAAAGGAUUAAGGAUUACAGGACAAAGGUUGAAGAUGAACUCUCCGUGAUCUGUUACGAUAUUUUGGCUGUCAUCGAUAAACAUCUUGUCCCAUCCUCAACCUCGGGAGAAUCCACUGUUUUCUACUACAAGAUGAAAGGAGAUUAUUUCAGAUACUUGGCUGAGUUUAGGUCUGGUACUGAUCGCGAGGAAGCUGCCGAGCUAUCACUCAAGGCGUAUGAAGCUGCUACGACUUCGGCUAGCUCGGAAUUAUCUUCAACACAUCCAAUAAGACUCGGCUUAGCUCUCAACUUUUCUGUCUUCUACUACGAGAUCUUGAAUUCUCCAGAACGAGCAUGUCAUUUGGCGAAGCGGGCGUUUGAUGAGGCAAUUGCUGAGCUGGACAGUCUUAACGAAGAUUCAUACAAGGACAGCACACUUAUCAUGCAGCUUCUCAGAGAUAACCUCACUUUAUGGACCUCUGAUCUAGAGGAAAUAGGUGAACAAUCUAAAGGCCACAACCCACAAGACGUGGUAAAUAUUAUAAAACUAAAUUUAAUCUAAAGGAAAAGCUUUACACUUUUUUUUUUUUUUUGUCAUCUGGUUUUUCCAUUCAUUAAAAGAAAGGAUUACAAUAUGUAACUUUAUAGACUGAUCAAAAGUUACUAAGGAAAAGUGAUUUAACAAAGG